ACCAAUUUUAGUUUUUUACGUUCAAGCGUAUGUCACAAAUAGAUAUCCCCAAAAUCCUCUUUCGUCACUCUUCGCGACCAAUUUGGGAUCAAAUUUGACAAAUUAGGGCACGAAAUCAAUCGAUUUCAUCAAUUCGAAUGCGAUUCAUCUCCCAAUUUCUCACCAAUAACAUAUUCAGAGGCUCAAUUUCUUUUUCUCAUAGUUCAAGUUAGCUGUUUUUAGGGUUUGGUUUCGGUGUUCGUAAGUACGCAUGAAAGGUCCGUUAGAUCGGACAAAAGUCGUGCUGCGGCACUUGCCGCACACGAUUUCGGAGUCGGUGAUCAUGGAGCAGAUUGAUGCUCGGUUUGCCGGUCGAUAUAACUGGUUCUGUUUCCGUUCUGGAAAGAAUAGCACAAAGCGUCAAUUAUAUUCCAGAGCCUAUAUUGACUUUAAGCGGCCGGAUGAUGUCAUUGAGUUUGCAGAGUUCUUCGAUGGGCAUGUUUUCGUUAACGAGAAGGGUACCCAAUUUAAAACAAUUGUUGAAUAUGCACCUUCACAGCGUGUUCCCAAGCAAUGGUCUAAAAAAGACGGACGUGAAGGGACAAUAGGGAAAGAUCCCGAGUAUCUUGAAUUCCUUGAGUUUAUUUCAAAGCCUGUGGAGAAUCUUCCCAGUGCAGAGAUACAAUUGGAAAAAAAGGAAGCUGAGCGAGCUGGUGCUGCUAAAGAAGCUCCUAUAGUCACACCGUUAAUGGAUUUUGUUAGGCAGAAACGAGCUGCCAAGGGUGUAUCCCGGCGGUCAUUGCUUAACGGGAAGUUAAUGAGAAGGGCUGGUGCAUCAUCGUCAAAUUCAAGUUCUGUUGUAGUGAAACAUGGUUCUGAAAAGAGGACGACUUCUACCAUGUAUGUCCUAAAGGAUAGUGGAAAGAGCAGAAACAGUAAAGAGAAGUCAACUUAUGUCAAAAAAGACGAUCGUCAAGUUUCUGAUAAAUCUGGAAGUGUAGUACUGGAGGAAGAAAAAAGUGCAUCUGGAGCCCCUGAUACUGGAAAGAAGAAAAUUCUACUUUUAAAGGGAAAAGAAAAGGAAAUUCUCCAGGUGGUCACAGACUUGACGCCUCAGCAGAACUCACCACCAGCUAAACCUGCGUAUGCAUCUGGUGCUGCUAGACAGAAUCAACGACAUGAGGCUAGUGGAAGGAUUAUUCGAAGUAUACUCGUUAACAAGGAUGCAAGGCAAAAUCAGUCUGAACCGAAUCAGAGUUUAAAUCAGGAAAAGGACCGAAGACCACCUAGGGCACCGCUAAACGAUGAUAAGGUCCAUGGGCAUGAUUUGCAUAAGGAUAAGCUAUCUAGGAAUAACAGAGACAAACCGGAUCGUGGUGUUUGGACUCCCCUGCGCCGUUCUGACGGUAGUGAUGAGUCGUUGUCCUCUUCUGCUUCUCGGUCCACGCAAGUGGGAUCAGAUUCCGCAGAAGGAACUUGUGGUGAAGCCAAGUAUGAUGUGUCAAAUGAACGUGGUGUGGAACUUAAACCCGUUGGAACUGGACGCGGUGCUCAUUUCUUUUCUGAUAAUGGUACCCAUAAACACAGUGGUCGCCGUGCAUCCACUAAUAAUGCUAAGGAUGCAGAUGGCUCUUCGAAUGUGAACGACGGAAAACCUUCAAAAAGAGGUGUUUCUGCUGGCUAUGGUUCCCACGAGAAGCGCGUAUGGGUCCAAAAGCCAAGUUCUGGUUCUUAGGUGUGUCAAUAGGAGUGAAUAGACAGACUCCUAUUGUUGCAGUAAUGAAGUAUAAACCUGCUCGUAUCCGGGAAAGUAUUCUUUUAACGAUAUCAUGAUCAAUGCAAAACAUGGCGAAGUGAAGAAAGAAAGGAUUUCUGAGACCGAGAAUGGACGGGGUUUAAAGAAACUUUACCCAACAUACGACAGGAGAACCAAAAGGCUUUUUUUCCUUGUUAAACAAAAGAAGUAACCCGUAGAAUGAAUACCAGGUCGAGUGUCCCUUUGAAUCGGGAGUGUGCUUGCCCUGUCGAGCUGUCGAUUAUAGGUGGAUUUUACCCUUAUACCCUUUUAAGGUGGUUUGACUUGACUGUAUAUACUUGUGAAUCAGAAUGUUUAUGGUGUGUUUGUCUCGUGAUGAUACCAUAAGUUCUACGGGGUUGGGAGUUACAUAACCAUCUUAUGUAUUAAAUUUAAAGCAAAAUGUGCAAGCAUUAUACGUUUUUUUUGUGGUUAUUUACUUAAAAGUUGGUUAUUUAUUUAA